CAACGCUCGACUGAGCCGUCUUCCACUCCUUUGAUCUUUGUUUUCUCUGCUGUUCUGCUUGGGGGAUAUGGGACUCAACACUUUCACGGCGGCCGUGCAUAUUACGCCAGUCGUCAUCAAGACUUUCCUUGCUCAUUCGAAACGCAAGGGGAAGAAAUUUAUUGACGGUGAUGCAGAGGUUGCUACGGACGACAUCUUCUUCGACGAGGCUUUCCAUAUUGUCAAAGCUUUCUUGGAUUUGGGGACAUACAACACGAUCGAGUCUUUCCAGGCCUUCACGAACACCCAUGUACCUGCCCCCCCAUGGGCCGCCGUCGCGCCCGUCGUCGUCCCCCUCAAGUCAUGCAACCGCGCCGCAGAUGUCCUUAUUGACUGGUUCGGCCCGGAAGACCUCGAGGCCGUUGUGGGGGGCGAGAGGUGGUGGCAGGUCCGCGGCCUAGACGGGAUCGAGGCGGAGUGGGUCACGGAGAAGGAGUAUCUGUCGGCUGAUGUGCCUGGUGGGGGAAAGAAGAACAAGAAGGAUGCGGCGAGUAAUACCAUCAAGCAGAUGGAGCAUCUGGAAACUGUUAUGCUCUACGUGCCUGGAGGGGGCUAUUUCUUCGGUUCUAUCAAUACCCACAGGUAUCAGGUUAUUCGAUAUGCCAGGAAGAUGAAAGGUCGAGCGUUCGUGACCAAUUACCGUAAAGCUCCACAAUACCCCUGGCCCUGCCCUCUGCACGACGUCCUGGCAUCUUACCUCUACCUUAUCGAACCCCCCGAGGGCGCCCCCCACAAGCCCGUCCAUCCGAGUAAGAUCGUCUUCGCAGGCGACUCCGCCGGCGGCGGGCUCUGCGUCGCCGCACUGACAGUCAUCCGCGACAUGGGCCUGCCCAUGCCUGCCGGCGCGGUGCUCAUCAGCCCCUGGGUCGACCUCACGCACAGCUUUCCCAGCGUCAUGCAGAACAUGCCUACUGAUAUUAUACCUGCGCAUGGGUUCAUGGCGAAGCCGUCGCUGGUGUGGCCGGUCGCGCCCGUGCCCCCGCCGGAGGGGCGGGUCAUCCGGACGAGGACCAACCCGCCGCCGAAGCCGGGACAUGCGGAUGAUUUGAAGAGGGACGAGGGGGGUAGUGGGGAGGGGCGUCCGGAUGGCGAGGUCGAGUCGCAGAGGGAGAUGGUGGCUUCUGGGGAUGAUAUGGUGUCGCCUUCGCCGGUGCCUGCGGAGCAGCGGACGGGAACGGGGCAGGUAGGGGAACAUGCUGAGGAGGGAGCCAAGGACGACGCCUCUGGUAGUGCUAAUGGGCAAUCUCCUACGGAGGCAAAUACGAGUUCCCAAGCGCCUGGCCGCCGGAGUUCUGAAGGGGAGACACGGCGGGACACGUCAAGUGUUCACACAUAUAACACCGACUUGAUGGAGCCCUCCCCGCCGAAAGUCCUUAUGCACAACCCCGACGAGACGCCCCUCGAGCUCCGCGCGCAAAUCCAGAUAUACGCUACGAACGAGCAGCUCACGCACCCGCUGGUGUCACCGAUCCUCCAGGGCUCCCUGGGGAACCUUUGCCCGCUGUAUAUCCUGGUGGGGGACGGGGAAGUUUUGAGAGAUGAGGGUGUGUAUUUGGCCCAUCGGGCGGCGCACCCGGAUGAGUACCCUGUGAGGCAUGGGGUGCUCAAGGCGGGGAGAAGGCAGAAGGAGAACGCGGAGAAGUAUCGCACGCCGACGAAGGUCCAUUUGCAGGUGUAUGAUGGAAUGUGCCAUGUCUUAACGGUCUUCACCUUCACGGACAGCGCCAAGUACGCAUAUCGUUCUAUUUCGCAAUUUAUUCGGCAUGUCACCAUCCGAUCGGAAGAAGAGGUCGCGAAUAACGCGUUCCCCGAGCUGCACAAGCCUCCUACAGAAGUUUCCCUUGGCGACGGUGAUUCCGACGACUUCCACAGCCGACGACCCCGUCUGGGAGAAUUGAGGGGGAAAACACCAAAGGAAGCCCUAGACAAAGUUAGGUCGACGGUAGACACCCCGACGGAGUUUGAGCUGUUUGAUCAUAAUAAGGCGAUGGCGACAAAGGAGGUGAAUAAGGGACAGGCGGACUUCGUUCCUGGUGCGUCAGAGGUGGAGGAGGCGUUGCGGAAGGUCGCCCAGGGCGAGGAGGAUGUACCAGACGUUCUGAUGAUCCGGGAACGCGUCGAUAUACACGGGAAAGUGAGGGCUAUGGAGCCGAGGGAAGAAGUCGAAGCGCUCAAGCUGAAGCCGUCGGAAAUCGGGGUGAUCAAGGAGGACCCCUGUAGGCGGUGGUUGACAGGGCAGGAACUCUGGGAUAAGAAGUUCAGGCGUCAGGCGAUCGGCGUUGUGCGACGGAGGCGCAAGUACGAGGCGAGGGCCGAGGAAAUGCUGGCGAAUGCCAGGGCGCAGGGUCUCCAACUGGCUGAGGAUGGGUCUGUGGUGAACUUGGCGGUGUCGCCUUCGAGGUUGUCAAUCCCGCCGGAACACCGCGAGAUGCAGUCUGAGCGUCGGUGGGGUCCCUUGGACUUGGAGCGGGAGACCCCGCCGCCGAGUGCAAUCUGCAAGAGACGGGAUACGCCUGAAGCGCUUGCGCUCAUCAAGAAGAGUAUAUACUACUCGGCGCCGUCUACCCACAGGACGAUGCCUAAGCUGAAGGUGUCGGACGCAGUGAGGGCUGCUUUUGACCCCAACGAUCACCCGACCCACGCUCCGCGGCAAUCCGUGUCGGAACAACAACUGACGCAACGGGCGCCCAUCCACGGUUUGUCCAUCUGGACUGCAAUUUUGACCAUCUUCAUGCGGAAGAGUUCACAGAAAGCGCGGGACGGGCGGGAUAAGGCGAAGCAUGUCGCGAAGAGCGCGCACGGGAAACUCCCGUCACCGUCUUCGUCGUAGACCGAAUGUGAUCUCAGGCGGGCGUCACAUAUAUAGAGGACUCAAGAUCUAAGGAGGACAGUAUGGUCUAUAUAAUAUUAAUCUAGUCGGUGAGCAUCAGUUCUGUUGAUGUACAGCGGGAAAUUUCUGCGGUCUUGGAUACGAUAUCAUAUCACUCGC